AUGGCUAUAUUACCAAACGCUGUCCAAAAUGAAAUACUCAAUAGGACGUGGCAUCAAUCGUUCGUGCUAAUGGCGGCGUUUUGGCCGACGAAUCUCAUAACACUUUUAUCUGGAUCCAACUCAAGUAUCGAACAUAUAGUCGCCACGUUAAUCUCCAGUCACCGGGCUAUGAGACUCGAUUCGGUCGAAUAUAAUUUAGUGCUUACCCUCGUCCUGUGUCGACCAGAUCUAUGCGAUACAGCCGAGUUCAGAAACGACUUGACCGCCAUCGGAACAAACGCCAAGGACGCUUUGAUGAAACACGCUGCGUUCAAGUCACCGACCAGAUACUACGGCAUAUUGGCCUGUAUACUUUCCGUGACAGAAGACAUUGCGGGAUAUAUAAAAAUCAUUUUUUUCGAACCAUCCGUCCGAAAUGUACCGAUGAACCACCUCGUGUCGGUCAUUACUUAG